AUGCGGCUCCUGGCUCUGCACUGUGGGGUCUCACUGCUGCUGCUUGUCCUGCCAUGGGAUCUCCUUGAGGCAUUGGGGCAGCUCCAGGGGGAGGAAGGUGGACUCUCAGGUCUGGAAGACGAGCCAGUGGCCAGGACUGAAGACAGCGGUGCUGAGUGGGACCUGCUGGGACCAGAGAGCAGCUUGCAGGCUGCCCUGCUGCCGGCCCCCAGCCCUCCCCAGCCCGUGGACGGGGAGAGCCAGUGGAGGAGUCUCCUCUCCUCCUACAGGUGGAGGAACUUCUCUGGCUGCUUUGGAAUGAGGAUGGAGAGGAUCGGUGUUCAGGCGGGACUGGGAUGCAACCACUACAAAGCCCGUUUCUGGAGGAGAGGGAGAAGCUGA